GGGGUUAACAAGUCCCAAUUUAGAAGGUUUCAAUGUGGGUGGCUUUCUUUUCUUUAUUUCUACAUCAAGCAAUCGGUGGCGACAAGUCUCUAAAUUCUUCUUAUUGCUGACAGGUAUCUGAUCCAUCGCCAUUUUCAACUCUCCCACCACUUCGCCAAUUCUCUUCUCUGUUGCUUUUCCCUACAAGUGAGCGUUUGUUUCAAGGAUGUCCUUAUAAUUGAUUUCCUGGACGAUCCAUCUCUAAUCACCAACAAUAUUCAUUCUGCACUUUGAUAGAUUUGGGGUCCUCUUUUUUUGCUUUGAGCACGUGCUUUAGGUGUGAUCUGGUGAGAUUUGAUCUGGGCCUGUGAAGAAGAAUCUCAAGAAAUAGGUUAUGUUUGGAUCGUGGUGUGGUUUUUGAGCUGAUCUGGGUUGAUGAUUAUGAAGAUUUGAGGUGGGUUUUUGGUGGGAGGUCCUUGAAUGGCUGGAGAGGAUUUGAUUGAGCUCAAAUUCAGGCUUGCUGAUGGUACAGAUAUUGGGCCUAGCAAGUAUAGCCCUAGUACCACUGUGGGAUCUCUCAAAGAAAAGAUCCUUGCACAAUGGCCUAGAGAUAAAGAAAAUGCUCCAAAGACCAUAAAUGACGUGAAGCUUAUUAAUGCUGGAAAGAUACUGGAAAACAAUAAGACACUUGCUGAGUCCAGGCUCCCAAUUGGGGAACUUCCAGGAGGGGUCAUCACUAUGCAUGUUGUUGUGCGUCUUCCUUUUUCAGAUAAAAACACUGAGAAACUGCAGGACGAUUUCCCAAAGAAGAACAGGUGUUCCUGCUCUAUCCUGUAACUCAAAUAACAAAAAUCCACAAAGAUUGUCCAGUUGGUUCUGUGCAAACUUUAAUGGCAAGAUUGACAGCGAUUCUUAAGUUGGUUUUGCGUCUCUCCAUACGUGUUGUGACUGUUGUCCAGUGGUUGUUAAGAUUAGUUUCAGAAGCUUUUCCAGAUUUCAGGUGUUCUUGGCUUUAAGUGGCUGCAGAAACAAGAAUCCUGGAGGUGUUUUCUAUAUAUAUAUGUUGCUGUGAUGUGGUUUUCUCUCACAGAAAGUGACUUGUAGGUCCACAGAAGUAUGAAUAGGUGAGAAGGAAUUAGAUGCAUUGCUUGAAGAGAAGCUUUGUAGAUCAACAACCCUUCCUCAGCACCAGCCAAGAAAGAAAAAAGUGGGGACCAAAAAGAAAAGGCAAAAAGAAGUGUUAUAGAAGGAAUUCAAUUAUUGAGUUUAGAUUGGGCUUUGAUUGUUUGCCAAGGAACUUCUCAAAUGAUUACAGUGAACGAUUGCUCUUAGAAUCUACAAAGUAUCAGAUGUCACUCUCUCUUUCACAAACUUAUUCCUUAAAAACUUUGCCGUGAGUUCCUUCUUCCUCCUGAAAAACCAGAUGAUUUCAAUAAAUUCAUUGAAAAACUUGUCUAGUUUUGGUUUUUGUGCUUUCA